UGCACAAAAAACAUACAGAAGUUCAACAAAUUAUUAAAUAUGGUCACUAUAUUAAUCAAUUACGAUUAGAUAAUAAUGAGUUUAAGGAAAAUUUUGCAAAUACAUCGACAUGGGCAACAUAUGAAUAUUCUGCACGAGAUAUGACUUUAACAAAGAUAAGUGCUUGUUUUCUAUUGCAGUUUUUUUCUAAUAUUUAUUCACGAAUAUUUCAUGAUAAUGUAUUCUUGGAAUUUCCAUUGCAGGAUAUAAGCUCAUCUUCAAAAAGAAAGGGCAAAGACGAAAUUAAUAAUAUUGUUUCAUUAGCUUCAAUGAAAAUGCCUGAGUCAUCUUCCUUUAGAUUUUAA